AUGACGUGGUGGCGCGGGUGGCAGGUGGCGUCGCUGCCAGACGGGGUGGAGAAGGAGGGGGAGACGCAGCCGGUGCGGGCAAGCUUGCUAGCGGGGGAUGCGGGUCUCGCGGAUCGGGCGAGGCACGAUGACGUGGUGGCGCGGGUGGCGAGCGGCGGCACCGCUGGACAAGGUGGAGAAGGAGGGGAGACGCAGCCGGUGCGGGCAAGCUUGCUGGCGGGGGAUGUGGGUCUAGUCGGAUCGGGCGAGGCACGACGACAUGGUGGCGCGGGUGGUGGGCGCCACCGCCUCCGGAUGGGGUGUUGGGAACUCCUUUUGCAUCCAUCGAUGACUCUGGAACUCUUGUCAGUCACAUUAGUUUCCUUGCUACAAUUAUCAUCUGCUGCCAUCACCAACUCGGCCAGCAACACAAGCUGCGCUCCGGCGAGGUGCGUGCACGUGAACAUCACGUACCCGUUCACGCUCAGCGGCGUGCAGCCGGUGUACUGUGGCUUCCCGACCUUCUUCGAGCUGACGUGCUACGGUGGCUGCGCCUACCUCAGCAGGACGUUCAAGAAGCGCCUGUAUCACGUCCUAGACAUAUCGUACGACAGCAACUCGCUGGCGGUGGCCGUCGAGACAGCCUUCUCCGGCGACGACGAGACAUGCAACAUCCCGGACUUCAACGUGUCGUCCGGCCUCUCCCUCUUUCCGCUCAACAUCAGCGGCAGAAACAAGAACCUCGCCUUCGUCUACAAUUGCGAGGUUCCUCCAAGCGUACGGCUGCCACGGCCAUGUGCUAACCUCACCAUGGGAGCUUCCAUCUCCAACGCCGUCGAGCCAUGGGUGGGUCCGAAGAGCUGCAGCUCUGUGAGCGUGCCGGUGCGCGGCUUCGAAGGGAUGGACCCAACUCGUGACUAUGGGAGAAUGAUCAGCGACGGGUUCCUCUUGGAGUGGCCGACGCUGGGAGAGUGCGAAGUGUGCACGCGGCGUGGCGGGGAGUGCAGAUUCGUUGCGCGUGCAUUCCAGUGCAUCUGCUCCGACGAGUCGCUCUGCUCAACAAACCCACCAGGUUUUGUGCUUUUCUUGUCUGACUUGAGGAAACUUGAAGAACACUUAUCAAGAAACAGCCCAGUGACCGCAUUUUCACAUAUGAUCUCUUCAACACUUAGUUCUCCCAACAUCUGCAACAAGCGAGACAUGACCGUGGUGCUCUUGCCAUCACUUCUUCUCCAGGCUGUGGCCUUCUUGCUACAGCUAUCAGUAGCAACGUCCCAAACAUCAGAACCCGAGCAACAAGGCUGCUCGCCCAAGGCAUGCGGGGACCUGAACAUCUCCUACCCGUUCUGGCUGGAGGAGCCCGGCCGGCCGCCGUGCGGAUCGCCGCCCUUCCAGCUCAAGUGCAACGGCAGCGGCGCGUUCCUGACCCACUCCAUGUUCCAGGCCUACCGUGUGGUCCGCAUCUUCACCCAGAACAACUCCUUCCACGUCGUCGACGAGAACCUCCCCCUCGCCACCGGCUGCCCGGCGCCGUGCUUCAACAUCUCGCUCGCAAUGGGGCUGGGCGCGUUCGCCAUCAGCAAAGCCAACAGCGAGCUACGGUUCCUCUCCCGAUGUGACGAGACUGUACCGGAGGUUCUGCCUGGAUUUCGGCGCCUGCCUUGCGACAACUACUCGUUCGUCGGGUUCGGAAGACGGUAUGGCAGCAGCAGCGUUCUUAGGGAAAUACCUCAGGGCUGCCUCGUCUCCGUUGUGCCCACUCUUCCAGUUCCGGCUCCAGAUCAUAGGCACGACUACGUCGCGAACAUGAGGAAAGGAUUUCUCCUGGAGUGGACGGUGGUGUCAGGGGAUUGCUCCAAAUGCACUGCAAGCGGCGGGGAGUGCAUGUACCCUGACAACGGCUUGGGUUUCUCCUGCAAUUGCCCUGACGGCAUCCACUACCCCAUGAACUGCGGUAGCAAGCGGACUGGCAGAAAGAUAAUACUGAUAGUGUUGAUGACAGUAGCUGCAAGCUUGCUCCUUCCAUGUAUGUAUGUGCUGAUAUGGCAUAGAAAGGGGCAAAAACUAUGUUCUCUCUUUUGCAAAACGAGUAUGAGCAACAACGAAAGGAACAUUGAGGCCCUACUAGUAUCGCAUGGAUCACUAGCUCCAAAAAGGUACAAGUACUCAGAAGCAACAAAGAUAACAUCUUCGAUGAAUAAUAAGCUUGGAGAAGGUGGUUAUGGUGUUGUUUUCAAAGGAAGGCUACAUGAUGGUCGUCUAGUAGCUGUGAAAUUCUUGCAUGACUCCAAAGCAAAAGGGGAGGAAUUUGUGAACGAGGUUAUGAGCAUUGGCAGGACCUCACAUGUUAAUAUUGUUAGCUUAUAUGGGUUUUGUUUGGAGGGAUCAAAACGAGCUCUUAUAUACGAGUACAUGUCCAAUGGUUCUUUAGAUAAGUACAUUUACUCAAAGAAUCCCAAACAAAUUUUAGGAUGGGAAAGGCUCUAUGCAAUAGCAGUUGGGAUUGCUCAUGGAUUAGAAUAUUUGCAUCACAGUUGUAAUACGCGCAUUGUCCAUUUCGACAUCAAACCUCAAAAUAUCCUUCUUGAUGACAACUUUUGCCCCAAGAUUGCUGAUUUUGGUUUAGCUAAAUUGUGUUGCACCAAGGAUAGUAAGCUUUCGGUGACCGGUGCUAGAGGAACAAUUGGAUUCAUAGCUCCUGAAGUGCACUCACGAACAUUUGGAGUGGUUUCGAUAAAAUCGGAUGUUUAUAGUUAUGGAAUGUUGUUGCUAGAGAUGGUUGGAGGCAGGAAAAAUGUGAAAUCAGUUGUUGAUAAGUCAAGUCAAAAUUAUUUUCCAGAUUGGAUUUAUAAUCACUAUGCUCAACAUGAUGGAUUACAAGCUUGUGAAGUUACACCGGAAGUUGAGGAAAUCGCAAAAAAGAUGAGUUUGAUUGGCUUGUGGUGCAUACAAAUAUUACCUAUGCAUCGCCCUACAAUAACCAAAGUUUUAGAAAUGUUUGAAAGAGGCUUAGACGAAUUGGAGAUGCCAUCAAAACAAAACUUCAGUCAAGUAUUCCAAAGUGCAGAUUAUAAUUUGGAUGUAGAAAGUACAAGUUCCAGCAGUCCUACGAAAACACAAGCUUAUAGUGAUUACUGACAUGCUAAAGAUCAAGGUUGAAGGAGGCCUUGCGAGUUCAAAAAUCCUACAACAGUGUUACCCACACUCUGUGAGAUGGUCACCUACUCACCUAUUCUAGAAGUAAAAACAUCAUUAGGCAUUUCAUAGAAACUGAAAACAUGUCCCCACAAUAACAUUGUGUAUGUACCUAUUGUUUAUAGUAAUGUGGUUCAAACAUGUCCCCACAAUAACAAGGGUCAUAAAAAUGCUGGAGAAGAACGUAAAUGAAUUGGAAAUGCCC